AUCCAGAUCCAGGUUUUCCUUUGUACCUUGCAUGUAGAACAUGCAUUGCCAUCCUCUGCUAACCACACUGCUGCAGUACAGUGGGUUUUUUUGCAGCCCAAAUAGCAAUCUGGCCAAAGAACAGUGCACAAGAGGAUGGAAUAAAUAUGCUAUUUGAUCACUGGCCUGAUCCUUAAAAAAAACAUCCUUUUCUGCUGAAUAUGCUUUACGUUACUGUGUGUCAGCAAGAAUAGCCUAAAUAUUAGGACUUACUGGAGUACAUUAAAUAGGCUUGGAAGGAAGAAUGGAAAGACAAAUGGCUACUGAAGCUGUGGUAGAGUGCCUUCUCAAAGGGGAUUCGAAGAAAUUCCAGAAAAAAGUCAAUCAUCUAAAGGACCCAGAGGCGCAGCCACCCCGUUCAUGUUGACCAGGCUGUUGGUGAAGAUGCAAUCUGUGAUCAGUUGGCAGAAUAUUGUAAAACUACUUAAGGGUGUCCCAAAGAACAAGUACAAAGAAAAUUCAUGUCACUCUCCACCACAUGUCCUCUUUCAGCUUGGAGAGCGGGACGACCUGGGGCGAGGACUUCUCCAUGACUGCUGUCAUUGUCACUCUGUGAUUGAUUGGCGAAGAAGGUGCAAUUCUGAAUCACAGUGUAACUUGUGUGGUGAGCCAGAAGGUACAUUACAUUCAAAUGAAAUUUGAGCCUGUUUUCCCAGAACAUUGCCAAGGGCUCUGGACUGUUAGUCUGGUGACAAUACCACCAGCAGUUUUCAUGGUCACCUUCACAACACUUCAAUGAAGACAUAUAUGCUCCUUCAUCAAGGGCCAUGAAAGGAUUAACUAGUAGCCGUACCCAUCCCCAACUCAGCUCAGCACACACUUGUGGCCUGAUGACUGAUGACUGUGAGCAUUCUCAUGACCAUAUGCACCAUGGCUUGGAUUCUAGGCAGUCGUACUUGCUCAGCCCAACCGACAGCUGCCAAAUGGACCACCACCGUUGUUCACCUAGAAGUUCUAUACAUUCUGAAUGUACAAUCCCCAUGAUGGUAGGGGAGCAUAUGUCAAGCAGUACUUUCCCAAGAAUGCACUACACCUCACAUUAUGAUUCCAGGGAUGACUGCACCAGUGUCUCACACACUGGCAGCAAAAUUAACCGCAUUCCAGCUAAUCUACUGGACCAGUUUGAAAAACAAUUGCCUCUGCACCGUGAUGGCUUUCAUACACUGCAGUAUCAACGAACAUCCACUGCCACUGAGCAACGAAGUGAAAGCCCUGGCAGAAUACGACACCUUGUGCAUUCUGUCCAAAAACUUUUCACUAAAUCUCACUCUUUGGAAGGGGCUUCGAAAGGAAAUCUAAAUGGCACUAAGGGUGAAGGCCGGCAUUCAGACGAUCACCACCAUUCCCACCAUCCGAAACAUGGCAAGAGGAGUAAAAGCAAAGAACGAAAGCCAGAGCCCAAACAUAAGUCUUCAAUGUCUGCUUGGUGGAGCUCAGAUGAUAACUUGGACAGUGAUAGCACUUACCGUACGGUGAGUGCGAUGAGCAGGCACCACCUUGACCAUAUUUCACAGUACUAUCCGGAAAAUCUUCAGGGAGCCUUCAGUGACCUCACUCUGAAGACUUCAAAAAGCAACAAUGAUGUUAAAUGCUCUGCUUGUGAAGGAUUACCCAUGACACCUGAGGGGAAAUAUAUGAAAAGAAGCUCCUGGUCCACGCUCACUGUAAGCCAAGCCAAGGAAGCUUAUCGGAAGUCAUCACUUAAUCUGGAGAAACCUCUUGUCCAUCAGGAAAUAAAAUCAUCUCUGAGGCCAUGUCAUUACCUACAAGUCCCCCAGGAUGAAUGGGGAGGAUAUCCACUGGGAAGCAAAGAUGAGGAGAUCCCUUGCCGAAGGAUGAGAAGUGGCAGCUACAUUAAAGCAAUGGGAGAUGAAGAAAGUGGUGAAUCCGACACGAGCCCAAAAGGUUCACCAAAAGCUGCUAGUCUCCAUGAAACACUAAUGAAAGCUGCUGGUCAGAAAGUAGAUAGUCAGAACCAGAACCACCUACAGUCUGCAAUUGAAGUGACCAUCAACCACAGUCUAGAUCCUGCCACCAGUGAGAACUCCCCCAAGUUUCGCUCGAGAAAUCAGAGCUAUAUGAGAGCUGUGAGCACACUGAGCCAAGCUAGCUGCGUCAGUCAGGUUAGUGAAGCUGAGGUGAAUGGACAAUUUGAAUCAGUCUGUGAGUCUGUUUUCGGAGAGAUUGAAUCACAGGCAGUGGAUGCUUUGGAUCUUCCUGGCUGCUUUCGCACACGAAGUCACAGUUAUCUGCGUGCCAUUCAAGCUGGAUAUUCCCAGGACGAUGACUGCAUCCCAUCAAUGUCAUCUUCAAUUAUGGCCUCCUCCAUCAGAUCCACCACAGCAUUUCCCCUCUACGGCAUGCAGUAUUCUUCGCCAAGAAAUCGGGAACUCAGCGCGUGGGGAGUUUCAGGCAUGGCAACACGUCCUAACACUCCGCAGCAUAUUGUUACUUGCAAUAAUUACAAAAAGACCCCUCCACCUGUACCACCUCGAACCACAUCCAAACCAGUGAUUUCAGUGACAGCCCAGAGCAGUACAGAAUCAACUCAGGAUGCAUAUCAUGAGAACCGAGCUCAGAGGAGUUCCCCAUGGCCCCAAGAUGGCAGGAUCAUUUACAACUCAAUGGACAGCCUGGACAGUACAAAGGCUGUGAACAUUGCACUGGAGUCAGCUGCUGCCCAGCACCAUGCUAUCAAUAACAGCAAAAGCAGUGCAGUUUUAACCAGAGACAAAGCCAUCUUAACCUUAGAUGUGACAAAGGCAGAACAGUACCUGAAGAAUCAGCGGUCCUCGAUUGGGAUUCAGGUGGAUGCCGUGGAGACAGCAACAGACUCAGACACAGACAGCAGAGGCCUUCGGGAGUACCACUCAGUGGGAGUGCAGGUUGAAGAUGAAAAACGGCGUGGGCGAUUUAAGCGUUCAAACAGUGUGACAGCCAGCGUACAGGCUGAUCUUGAACUAGAAGGAUUUCCUAGUCCAGUUGCCACUGAGGACAAGGCACUUCAGUUUGGUUCCUCAUUCCAGCGUCAUUCUGAGCCCAGCACCCCUACCCAAUACACUGCACUCAGAACUGUGCGCACGCAGGGUCCUCUGGGCUACAGAGAAGAUUAUCGAACACCCAUUGACACAUCUAAUUUUCCACCACCGGAUCCAUGGCUGGAAUCUACUCAUCAACCAGUGGAAACUGGCCGAAUGUCCCCUUGUCGUAGAGAUGGUCAGUGGUUCAUGAAGCUGCUGCAUGCAGAAACAAAAAGGAUGGAAGGAUGGUGUAAGCAGAUGGAGAGAGAAGCGGAGGAGAAUGACCUAUCGGAAGAAACUUUAGGGAAAAUACGGAGUGCUGUGGGGAGUGCUCAGCUUCUUAUGUCUCAGAAAUUCCAACAGUUUUACUGGCUUUGCCAACAGAAUCUGGAUCCCAGUGCGAUGCCAAGACCUACCUCCCAGGAUCUGGCAGGAUUUUGGGACCUCCUGCAGCUUUCCAUUGAGGAUGUCAGCAUGAAGUUUGAUGAACUGCAUCAGCUGAAGGCAAAUGAUUGGAAACCUAUUGAGCCUUUUGAAAAACAGGAGGAAAAGAAGAUUCCGCCUCCGGUACCAAAGAAGCCACCUAAAGGAAAAAUCCCGAUUGUGCGAGAGAAGUCCCUGGACCUUCCAGACAGGCAACGACAGGAGGCGAGGAAACGGCUAAUGGCCGCCAAGCGAGCAGCUUCCUUUCGACAGAAUUCAACCACUGAGCGUGCAGAUAGCAUCGAGAUUUACAUCCCCGAGGCACAAACCAGGCUCUAAAGACAAUCUCUUGCCUAGUGUCCUUUUUUCCGUUUACCAUCGGCUCUCAAUAUUUGUCAUGUACAUUUCACAAACCAAGCCCGGUGGAAUUAGUGUUGGGAUUUCCAUGGUAAUUCUUGUCCCAGCCUCCACUGUGUAUAUUUCUUGCUGUUGUGUUCAUUGUGCCAUAUAUCACAGUGGAAUGAUUAUAAUUCUGGGUUUUUUAACUCAUUGCAAGAAUUCCUAUAUUCUGUAAGAAGAAUCAAUCCAAGGAGGUCACACUAAAUAUUCCACUUAUCCAUCAAGCUCUCUCAGAAACUAUUAAAAGUGAAGGCCUUCUGGAGGAAGAAUGCAAAUUCAACUAACACACUAUUUUCCAUCAAUUGGUUUGCUCAAUGGGUUUGAGGGAAUGGCUAAAUAGCUUAAAAAAAAGCCAGUUUCACUGGAGAGCACAGUAGGUGCGAACUCAUGAAACCAAAAGUUCCUGUGGUUUCAACAAAAGAAAAUAGAAAGAAUGAAUGAUGUGCCAACAUAAUUCCUUAUCUCUCAACAUUAUAAAUGUUAUAAUGUUUAACUCAGCUCCUAAUAAGGGAACAGAAAGACGCUCUGCCCUGUGCUCAGCAGAGCUGUUCCCCACUUAAAACUAUUCAGGGACUGAACUCCAGUAUGAUUUGGGGGAAGUGUAGGUAAAAAGGUAAGAAUAAUUUCGCUAAAAUAACUCUUGCAGCAUAAUAAUCUGCAGAAUCUAUUGGACCAUAAAAUAAUUUCAUCUGCUGAGGGAUUGAAAUCCCCCAGUUUCUGAUGUCUUUGCCAAAUGUUUGAAGACUUGAAAAGGAAAAAAAGGUUUUAUUUUCUUGCCUUCUUUGCAAGUGUGCUGAAGUGUUAUGUAUCUCUUAAGUGUAAUGGGUGUGGGGGGUGUGAGUGCUCACCUUGCAUGGGUGGCAAAUAUGUGCAAUAGUGAUCAGCCUCAUUUUAAAUGUGUGCCAUUACAAUCGUGCCAACGCAAAGGAUGGAUGUGAAAGAGAGAGACUGAAUGUAACUUCCCCAUGAACGCUUGCCUUACUAUAGCCAGAUACUGGUAGUUAGAGCUUUCAACAAAGGAAAUUCAGCAGUAAUCUCCUGAUAGUAAUCACUCCAAUCUCCCCUCCAUCUAAUAUUCACUAUGUUGUUUUGAGGGAACUCUUUAUUCAUACAUAUUGUGUUAACUCUUUUUGAAUUGGCACGCUAUUUCUGUUUUUAUUUUUAUUUAUGGAAGAAGGGUGUACUAAAUAUGCUAGCUACAACAAAAAAAACAGGCUUACAGUGUAUUUUUAACCAUUAUUUAUUGAUUUGUUUUGGGUUUAUUUUUAAGGAUUAUCUUGAAAUUUUUGUAUGUGUUUGGUAUGAGUGCUCCUGGACAGAGUGUAUGUCAUGCUAAUGCAACCAGCAAAAGAUUACUUGAUUGUAAGUGCUCAGAUUUCGUUCAAACUGUUUGGAUGUGCACAGAGUUUGUUUUACCUGAGAGUGUUUGUCUUUUUUCUUAGUUUUUUUUGGUUACUGUGAAGGAAAAGUGGCUGUGUAAAUCCAGUGAUAUUUGUGGAAGCACUAAAUUAGUUCACUUAAACCGGCCUUUUUACAUAAAAUUCUGAGCAUAGCGCCCACUACUGUAGGAUGCCUGACAGCAUCACAAUAUACACUUGCACCUCAUGUAUGAUUCAUAUUGUUACCAAACAGCCUUAAACUAAAUUUGGAAGCAAAAACAUGAAUGAAUGUACAGCCCCUAAAUUUGCAAAAAAAAACCUCCAAGCUAUUUAUUUUGUCACAAAUAAAUAGACCUAAAGUUAGGAGUUAUUUGCCAAAUGAUACCUACUUAGAGAGCAUUAAAAAAAUUAAGAAGUUAUCUGACAGAUGUUUAAAGUAAAUCUCUUGCUCACGCGGCUCUGUAGAAAAAAAUUGUUAAAGAUUAGUCUCCUUAGCCCUAGUCUUUAAACACUGUUCAUUUUGAAAAAAAAAACAUUUUAUUCAAAGAAUAGCUUCUCUUUAAAUUCUGUCUUAUCAAGGCUUGGAGUAAAAGCAGUAUUGCGUUUUAAAAAAACACACAUUUUGGUUUUUUGUGCUUUCUAUGAUCAUUAUUAGAAAGUUGACUGGGUUUAGUGAGAAAUUUGGCUUUGUUUAUAUAAUGUGGAAACUACUGAACUUGUUCUCAAGUGGUUGGUACUUGAGAUUAUCUCAGCUUCAUCCAGAAAUAGUCAUUCAUCUCUUUUGCACAACAUCAGCAUUACAAUUUCAUAACUUUAAAAUAUGAAAUCUAUCAGCAAUUAUUACUGACUUUCCCAAAUUCAAAGAUAUUCCUGUGUUCUUUCCCUCUUUCCUGCUAUUCAACACAAGUGCAUCAAUUUGACACAUGCUAGGUAAACAGUUAACUUAAAAGUGGCAAGGAUUACCUUUUUAUACACAGAUUUAGUAAAUAGAUCAAGUAUAAAGCAAAACAUAUCAAUUUACAGAUAUCUUAACAGGACAGAAUUGUAGCUUUGAUGCUUUUUGUUAUGACAACCCAAAUGCCAAUCAGUGUUGAAUUCGACAUAAAGGUAUUGAUUUUGUUCUUGUUGGUAAAACGUUACCUUUACUGUUAGGUUAAAACACCUAUUCUAAGUGCAAUAUACCAUGUAUAUCAUUGGUGGUAAUGGUAACGUCAGGGCAACUGAACAAAAGACAAUAUUUGUUUUUUUAGACUCUCCACGUUUCUCUAUUAGGCCUAGUAAAUAGCAAUGCUAUUUUGUACAUGUAUACUUCUCAUUACAGACUGAGCUUGUAUUUGAUAGCAAAUCGUAAACUAAUGCAAAGAAGUCUGAAUGUUCUAUUAAGUACCAUUAACUUAAAUUGCACGUUAAAUGAAGCAACAUUAGUUGCAUUUAAUGUCGAUCCAUGCUGUCAUUUUAACUAAACAUGCUUUAUAAAUUGAACAUAAUAUUUACUCAUAAGUGCGUUGAAGUUUUUUUUGGGGGGCAUUUUGUGGCAGGGAUGAAGCAUGCUGGCAGGUGUUCUUUUUAAGAAAGAAAAUGAUAUCACCACAAAGAACAGAUUUUCUGUUAGUUCAAGCCAGUAGAAAAUAUGCUAAGGAUCAGCAUUUGAUGGCAAUAUGCAGAAUUUAAUGCACAUUUCAUUAUUAAUAUGUAUAUCAUUUAAUAAAUUGUAGAAAGGUAAAGCCACCCGAUGCAUUAUGAAUUGCCACAUGUUGUCAGACAAUUUGUACUGCUGCUUCAUGAACCUCACGUAAACGACUGCUCACCAUCAAUCUCUCCAUGAGUUUCAAGAAAUUGCUUGCAUUUGCACAUUAAUUGACAAUUAAGCUUCCUGCAUAAAAUUUGAAUGGUAUUUAAUGGUGCCUUUUUAAUGAGGCAAUUUAUGACCCUGCAAAGUCUCACAGCCUCUACAGCCCAGAAAGAAAGCAAUUUAAAUGUACAUUCUCAUUUCUACAAGUAACAAAUUAUUGUUGGAGAUGUUUGUUAAUGCACUUUUUAAUGGUAUUGAUUUUUCUUUUCUAUCUUUAUCUUGUCUCUGUCAAACAAAUCUUUCCCGCUUCUCAGAGAUAAUGGGAAGUGCAGAUGCUGGAGAAUCC